AUGAGCGCCGCCUCGGGAUUUGCCGCGGAAGCGUUCGCCUUGCUGGGUGUGAGCCUGGCGGGCACGGCGCUGCGAGUGGGCGUCCGCGUCUUGGCUGCUGAGGGCCGUGGAUGGAAAGGCUUGUUAGUGGACGACUGGCUGGUAGUGGUGGCUUCGGUGCUAUAUAUCGCUGACACGACACUCGCGUAUGUGGGUGAGAGCGUGGCUCAUGGCUUGACCAAUAGCUUCAUGCCCGAGAGCGGUGCUGCACAAGCGCCCGGGGAGAGCAGCGCCAGAGUCUUGGGGUCCAAGCUGUACCUCGCCAGCUGGAUCACUUACUCCCUCGUCACAUGGACGCUCAAGGCCGCCAUCUGCACUCUGUUCCUGCGCCUCGCCAACCACCAUCACCGCGGAUAUCGCAUCCCCGCAUUCAUCGGCCUCGGCGCCCUGGCCGGUACCUUUCUCGCCGCGACCCUAAACCUCUUGCUCAGCUGCCGGCCGCUCCCGCGCAUGUGGCAAGUCGAGCCAUCCGCUCCAGAGCCCGUGUGCCGGCCGGCCAGCUCGCCAGCACUCGUGUGGAUGUAUGCAGGCUUCGGACUGGCAGCAUAUGUGUACCUGGCGGCCCUGCCGGUGCCGAUGCUUGCAAAGACGGUGCUCCCGGCGUGGCAGCGUGCGUUGACGGCGACGCUCAUGGCCUGCGGGCUGGUAGCUGCAGCCGCCGCCUCGUUGCGAGCCGUGGCAGUUUCGUCUCACCACGACGUGGAGCUGUCGCGACGGUGGGCGCUGCGGGAGGAAUUCAUCGCGCUGUUGACUGUCAACCUCGCCUGCAUUCUCCCGACACUGAUCCAACUCGUCUUCAUACCCCUGAACCCCCAGCACCAGCAGAACACGCACAAGCAAUGGGCGCUGCAAAGGCAAGUCUCCGGAAAAGACGCAUCCUGGGCGGCCGGUACCGACGACGAGAGCCAAAACACAUGCGUCGGCACAGUCUAUGUCAUCGACGUGAGCGAAAAGGUUGAGACUGAGGUGGAGGUAGUUGCUGCCGCUGAGAGCGAGCCUCAAAUACAGCGGCGGGUCGAAGUGUGUGUCGUGGCGGAGCAGGACGAGUGCAAGCCCACGAGCGGCAACUACACGGGCGUCUGGUCGGGAGCCGAGGGGAAGGCGCUGCAAACGAGGAGUAGGUUCUUUGGAGACCAUAUCCACCAGAGGGCAUAUGUGCGGAUGUAG